AUGUCCCAUAUGUUGCAGGCGGCCGAUCGGGUGCCAUGGAAGAAGAAGUCGGCGGUGAAGAAGGCAGCCCUCCUGCUGGCCGCAGUGUACGGAGUGAAGACCCUCUACCCCAUCCUGUGCAGGCAGCUCCGUAAGAAGGAGCCCAGUCCGUGCAGGCAUACCCUCCAGAGCCGGGAUGGGGGAUGCAGCUCGCCCUCCUCCCCCGCUGUCAAUGCGGAAUUCUACCGGCAGCUGCUGGAGCUUCGGAAGAUCCUCUUCCCCCGGCUGCUGAGCAAGGAGCUGGCGCUGCUGUCGGUGCAUUCGCUGGCGCUGAUCUCCAGGACCUUCCUGUCCGUCUACGUUGCGGGUUUGGACGGGAAGAUCGUGAAGAGCAUCGUGGAGAAGAAGCCGAGGAGCUUCCUGCUGCAGCUGAUGAAAUGGCUCCUCAUCGCCAUCCCGGCCACCUUUGUAAAUAGCGCCAUCCGCUACCUGGAGUGUAAGCUGGCCCUGGCUCUGCGCACCCGCCUGGUGGACCAUGCCUAUCAGACCUACUUCGCCGAUCAGACCUAUUAUAAGGUCAUCAACAUGGAUGGCAGGCUGGCCAACCCCGACCAGUCCCUGACCGAUGACAUUAUGAUGUUCUCCCAGUCUAUAGCGCACCUGUACUCCAACCUGACCAAACCUAUCCUGGACGUGGUGCUGACAUCCUACACUCUCAUCCAGACUGCUAGAUCUAGAGGAGCUAAUCCCCUGGGGCCUACCCUGCUGGCUGGCCUUGUGGUUUAUACAACAGCCAAGGUGCUCAAAGCAUGCUCCCCCAAAUUCGGCAAGCUGGUGGCGGAAGAAGCCCAUAGGAAGGGCUACCUGCGCUACGUCCAUUCUCGAAUCAUAGCCAAUGUAGAAGAAAUAGCCUUCUACCGGGGUCACAAGGUAGAAAUGGCAAAACUUCAAAAAAGUUAUAUGGCACUAGCAGAUCAAAUGAAUCUUAUUUUGUCUAAACGUUUGUGGUAUGUCAUGAUUGAGCAGUUCUUGAUGAAAUAUGUGUGGAGUGGAAGCGGCUUGGUUAUGGUUGCUGUGCCCAUCAUCACUGCAACAGGUUUUGCAGAUGGAGAUUUAGAAGAUGGCCAGAAACAUGCAAUGGUGAGUGAACGUACUGAAGCCUUCACCACAGCUAGAAACCUGCUGGCUUCAGGAGCGGAUGCAAUUGAAAGAAUUAUGAGUUCAUAUAAAGAGGUUACGGAGUUAGCAGGAUACACAGCAAGGGUUUACAACAUGUUUUCUGUUUUUAAUGAAGUAAAAAAAGGAAUAUACAAGAAAUCAGUGAUUCAAGAAACACAGAUGCAACUAAAAAAUCAAGAAAAAGCAGGAUUGCACAUAGAAGGGCCCCUUGAAAUUAAAGGCAAAGUAAUUGACGUUGAACAUGGGAUAAUUUGUGAAAAUGUUCCUAUCAUUACACCAAAUGCAGAUGUUGUGGUGUCUAAGUUAAACAUAGAAGUAAAGGAAGGCAUGCAUCUUCUCAUUACUGGUCCCAAUGGUUGUGGCAAAAGCUCAUUGUUCCGAAUUUUUAGGAGGUCUAUGGCCAGUUUAUGAAGGAGUCCUUUACAAGCCACCUCCACAAAAUAUGUUUUACAUUCCCCAAAGGCCCUACAUGUCAAUAGGAACUCUAAGGGAUCAAGUAAUUUAUCCUGACUCAGUGGAAGACAUGCAUGAAAAAGGAUAUCGGAACAAAGAUCUUGAGCGUAUUCUUGACAUUGUGCAUCUUAACCAUAUAGUGCAACGAGAAGGAGGAUGGGAUGCAGUUUCAGACUGGAAGGAUGUCUUGUCAGGAGGUGAGAAGCAAAGGAUGGGCAUGGCACGAAUGUUCUAUCACAAGCCACAAUAUGCUUUGCUAGAUGAAUGUACCAGCGCUGUGAGCAUAGACGUGGAAGGAAAGAUAUUUCAAGCUGCCAAAGAUGAUGGGAUAAGCCUCCUUUCCAUAACUCAUCGGCCUUCUCUUUGGAAAUAUCACACCCAUUUGUUGCAGUUUGAUGGAGAAGGAGGAUGGCGUUUCGAACAGCUAGAUACAGCUACACGUUUAUCGCUAAGUGAAGAAAAACAAAGACUUGAGUCUCAGCUUGCAGGGAUACCCAAAAUGCAGCUGAGGUUGAAUGAACUGUGUAAAAUCUUAGGAGAAGACUCAGUGCUUAAAACCAGCUCUGAAGAUGUCUAA